GACUUGCGCCACCAUCACAGCCUCCUGGUAUCUCCGUGAGGUGUCUCCCACACACGCCUUCCCGAGAUAUAAAACGGUGGCAGGAGAAGCAGGCUUCACCAGCACACCGGAUCCCUUGGAGCAGGAGAAAAGACCCAGCGUCGGAUUCCGAGCCUAUCCGUGGGAUCUAACUCGGCGGACCUCGACGAGCCGACAGCCGCACUGCGUUCCAAAAGGGGGAUUUUGCCGACGCGCCGAACCAACCCGCUCAAGGAAAAAUGGGCUGCCGGUGCUGCAAGAAACGAAAGGACAGCCAAGAGCUCACAGACGUCGAGCGGGCCAUCGAAAUCGUCAUCAACAACUUUCACUGUUAUGCAGUGAAGGGCCGCAAAGAGUGCCUCACCCCCAAUGAGCUGAAGGACCUGGUGGGACAGAGGCUGCCGCAUUUAGCAAAGGGUGUCGGGACGCUGGAGGAGAAGAUUGAGUGUCUUGGAGAUAACGAAGAAGCCAAAUUGCAGUUCGGCGAGUACUGGGAUAUCAUGGGAGACGCGGCCAAAGGUUGCCGAGUCCCAGGGAGCAAGAAGUAACGGGAAUCGGGGAAGAUCCAUGAGGCCUCGGACCAUUUACAAAGGAAAAAAGAAUGAGAGACUGUCCACUAUGAUGUCAACGUUUGUCCAUGCAGUGUUAAUAUCUGGGAAGCUCCCUCUACCUUCUCACCUUCUCCAGUUCUGGAAUGUCAAAGUCCAGAGCUGAUCUCCUUUCCUUCAAGUCAAGAAUCUUUCAAGUUCUGUCCCAGUAUCCUCUACUCUUCGGGUUUGCUCUAGAACAACAUUGGUUUGUGAGCCUUCCAGAAUGGUGACAUUCUGGGUUCCUGAUCGCCCAACACUAAAACCUUCAAACAGGGAGGUUUUACCGGUUGAGCUCUGGAAUAAAAUAUUUCUGCUGGUAGUCUAGAAUGCUCGUGAUUCCAUUUUCAGACCUUAGAUUUUCAGGUUUUGAUUGAAGGAUCUUCGGGACAGCACUGGUGCUCAUUUUCACACCAGUUUAUUUGAGAUAUUCAACCCUUCAAGGCUUUACUUAAAAACAAAAAACCAUAACAAUCCCCAUCUCUAGAUCCACGAACCACUGGAUCUCUAAAUCCAGAGCUCCCAAACACUGUGAUCCCCUCCAUUUUCUGGAUCUGGAAGCCAGAAUCCUAAACUGAUUUGCUCCAGAUUCUAAGAAUAUUUUAAUAAUAAUAUUUUUAUUUUUUAUUUUA